UGCAAAGCGGGCACACUUUUCCCGCCAAAAGCAUUUCUACGCAUUUAAAUAAAGUGAAUAAUUGUAUUUUACAAUAUCAAAAAGCCCCUUCGAUGGCCACAAAACGUGUGCUGACGCCCAAUAAAGCGGAGAAUGACAACGCAGGCGUGACGUCAUCCAAUCCGCAAAAGAAGUUCAAGGAGCAACUGGAUUUCACGUCGGACGAUCUCGAGAACAUCGAUUGGGGCGAUAAUGAUGACUUUGAUUUGGCGGUGAUUGGGGCUAUGGAUUCGAUAUCCAACCACCGCUUGGAGCUUGCCCAGUGGCAGCGUUGCGAAGUGGUGCAGGUGGAGCAGCUGCCCAUGAGGAAGGGCCUCAAAUUGCAUGUGAAGAGGAUUUCUGGCGGGGAUGCGGAGACAGCUGUUUGCCACCUGCUGCCCCCGUGGAAUGGCAUGCCAAUGCAAGUUGGGGACACUGUCUCCCUGUUGGGCAAGUGGGAACCAUCUGCAGGAUGCUAUGUGGUCGAUAAGGAGCAGGGCUACUGCGUGUCGCAUCCAGAUUUCCUGAUUUCCGGCACCACAGUCACCGGUUCCUUGUUUUGUAAGCGGAAAUCUGUUCUGCAGGAACGUUUUCGAGGUCUGGACUCGGGAAGCUCUGUUAUGGUCAUUGGCACUCUGGUGCACGAAUUACUGCAAAAGGUUCUCCGCCAGAAGCUCUUCGAUAAAAAACACAUCCAAGCUGCCCUCCAGGAGAUGCUGACCAGCUCCUCCUUGACUCAUCUACUCUAUGCCAGCAAUCUCAGCCAGGUGGAAAUGAAGGACCAUCUGCUGAAAUUCAUUGAUCCCAUUGUCAGUUUUGUGGCCCAAUAUGUGAAGGGUGAAACGCCAAGUGUUUUGCUGCCUGAAGUUCAUCGCGUUCGCAUCCACGAGAUAUGCGAUAUAGAGGAGAACCUCUGGGUUCCCCAACUGGGACUCAAGGGCAAGGUGGAUGUCUCCGUGAAGGUGAAGAAUCAACGGCAGAGGGAAGAGAUCAUACCAUUGGAACUCAAGACCGGUCGAGCCAGCUUCUCCAUGGAACACAAGGGCCAACUGCUGCUCUACCAACUGAUGCACUCUGCCCAGGGCAGAGAUACGCAGUCGGGAUUACUUCUGUACCUCAAAGAGGGACUCCUACGAGAAGUUGCCAGCGGGCGAAACGAGCAGAGGGAUCUCCUAAUGCUAAGAAAUGAUCUGGCUCACUGGCUAACGCGUGAAGUAGCCAUUCCGGCUGGCAAGGAGGAUCCACUGCAGCAGCUGCCGCUACCCGAACCCGUUUACCAUCACAGCGCCUGCGGCAAUUGUGCAUACAAUACCAUUUGCUCCAGUUUUGCUCAGAAUGAUGCAAGCUUACAACUAAGCGAAUCACAUCCCCUCAAGAAACUGAUGCCUCAACUAAUAGGGCAUCUCAGUGAGGCAGAUCACGCCUAUGUGCAGCAUUGGUGCGGUUUGCUGGCUCUAGAAGAGCAACACAAUCGUCAGUCCUGGCAAGCGAGGUCUCUUUGGACGGAGGACCCCGCGAAGAGAGAAAAAGAAGGCAGAGCCGUUCGACAUCUGAAGCUAGUGAAGGGGCAAAAGGUGGUAUUAGAAGAGGGACGCUAUCGCCAGAGCUUGGAGCUCGGUGAAGAGGCAGAUCCCAGUCGAGAUCUCAGCCUCAGUGGGUUCGACUUGGGUGAGUAUGUGGUUAUCAGUUCCACUUCCCGUCUGGCCGUGGCCUCUGGUUUUAUUGUAUCCAUAGAAGCUCGUAGUUUGGAUCUUCGCCUGGAGCGAGAUCUUAGCCAGCGUUACGGCCAGGAGACCUUUAUUAUGGAUAAACACGAAUCGCAGAGCUUUGCCACUUUCAACUUUACCAAUCUUGGUAUGCUGCUCUCCGACGGAGAGCGUUUCCAGGAGCUGAGAGAUAUUAUUGUGGCCAAGAAGCCACCAGAGCAGCACAAAGUUCUGCCCAAGAUCAUUCUCACCAAAGGGGCACCCAUGCUGCUGCAACUAAACAAAGUACAACAAAAUGCUGCCUUGCGUGCUUUGACAACCAGCAGCCACCUGUUGAUUAAGGGACUGCCCGGCACCGGUAAGACCCAGACUUUGGUUUCCCUCGUCAGACUGCUCCAUCUCCUCGGCAAAAGUGUGCUUAUUACAGCCCAAACGCACUCGGCGGUGGACAAUCUCCUCGUGCGUUUGCUGCCUUUUGAUUUGCCCAUGAUGAGAUUGGGUUCGAGCUCUAGAAUCCAUAACCAGUUGGUGGAAAUCAGCGAAGAUAGCCUAACGAAAGAUUGUAAAACAGUAGAGGAUUUGGAGAAGGCUCUACAGCAGCCUUCCAUUGUGGGAGUGACUUGCCUGGGAGCUGGACAUCCGCUCUUUCAGCGUCGUCAGUUCGAUUAUUGCAUCGUGGAUGAGGCCACGCAGGUGUUGCAGCCCACUGUGCUGCGUCCACUGAUUCACUGCAGCAAAUUCGUCCUUGUUGGAGAUCCAGAGCAGUUGCCCCCAAUUGUCAGAUCUAGGGAAGCCCGUCAGAGGGGAGCGGAUGAGACUUUAUUCCAAAGAUUGGACUCCGAUCAGGCCACCGCUGUUUUGAGUCUGCAGUACCGCAUGAACAAGACCAUCACCCGGCUGGCCAAUGAGCUCACCUAUGGUGGAGACCUGAAGUGUGCCUCGGACGAGGUGUCCGGCGCCAGGUUUGAUGUCGAUCUGUUGAACCAAGCACCCAGAUGGGUGCAACGUGCGUUGACAACUCACUUAGAGCAGGCUGUCACACUGAUAAAUACAGGAGAUUGCUUGGAGCGCUGCCAGAAAUUCGUUGAGGCAUCCCAACGGCUCGUGGAGACCUGCUCCUCCAUAGAGCAACACUUUGGCGAGGACAAAGACGAGAUGAGGAAGCCUACAACCAAAAGGCGAGUAUCCAAAUACACAAACUACUGCGAAGCGGGCAUAGUGAUACACUUGCUCAGGUAUUUACUGAAGUCGGGCUUCGAAGCCUCCAGGAUUGGCGUGAUAGCACCAUAUCGCGCUCAAGUCGAGCUACUCAAGAAGCUUGCCUCCAAACUGGACACCGACCUGGAGUGCAACACGGUGGAUCAGUUCCAGGGCAGGGAUAAAAGCCUUAUCAUAUACAGCUGCUCCAAAACAGGCGGUGGUUUCACCGACAUGGAACGCUCGCGCGAGGCAGAGAUCCUGGAGGAUCAGCGCCGUCUAACCGUGGCUAUUACCCGUGCCAAGAACAAGCUCAUCCUACUGGGCGACAUUCAGUGCCUGGAGCAAUACGGUCCCUUCCGGCGCCUCUUUAAGCACAUCCCGGACAGGUGUCGGCUCAAGUUGGAAGAGGGCCGCAUGGAGUUCGGCUGGCAGCGCAUCCAAGAGGAUAUGGCUGGUCUAUUGGACACCUAGGUAAUUGCUUUAUAUAUACUAUUACUUUUUUUUUUGUAUUUUUUACGUGGCUUGUUGAAGAAGGGCAUUUUUGCUAGCAUUUAAUGUAUACAAUGCAUAAUGAUUAUAGCCAGUUUAUUUAUUCAGUUAAAUGUUGAGGGUUCUUGCUAUUACAUCUAAUUCUAAAUCAAUCUGAGAGAGUUCAUUGCCUCACUUUUGAGGAGAAGACAUUUUCUGUAAGACCCCUCAAUAAAAUCCUUUACUACACUGUUAUUAAGCCGC